AAACCAGACCAGAUCCUCCUUGCUCAAACGCCACUUAUCUCGACAGACUAGACCGGACUCUACGUUCGUAUCGCGCCGCGUCAGUCUCUAUGGUCGCAAUGCCCGCUUUCGCGGGAAAAGCGCUUUCAGCCGGGUGCCUUAAUCUCCCGAACAAAGCUGCGUCUCCGUCAAGCCAGCUUCGCAAUGCAAGCCACGCCUCGAGUUACGCUGGCAUCAGGAAAAUCAAAUCCGAGAACAGAAGUCGCCGCAUUUCACGGAAACCCCUCUCUGAUUUGAGUGUUUCGUGCGUGCAUGUCUCCAGCUCUCGCAGCGUCCCCGCAGCGGUCGAUGGCGGCAGCUCACGUCAAAACCGACGGCGACCUCGGGAUUGCCUAGCAGCAGCAGCAGCCGUCGGAUCGAAUGAAUCAAACAGCGAUCGUACGGACACGGUGCAUUCGAGCAGGCGGCUAGAUGAGGAUCCCGUGGCGACUGCAGCGCCCGAGGCAAGUGACAGGCCCGCUGACGUGGCAGUGGAUGCUCACGAGGCAGAAGCUGACAUGGCAGCUGCGUCGGAGCCGGAUGGACGAGCUGGGACAGCAGCAGCAGCAGCAGAAGCAGCAGCCGUGGCAGCCAUUGCUUCUGAAUCAAGAAGUGUGCCUGAAAGAGCCGCAGCAGCGCCAGAAUCAGCUCCAGCAUCAACGCCAGCAUCAACGCCAGCACCAGCAGCAGCGCCAGCGUCGGCAGCAGUGGUGGCAGUGCCGGUGCUGCUGUCACUGCUGGCGCUGUCACUCGUGCUGUGCAACGCCGACCGAGUCAUCAUGUCCGUUGCUAUCCUUCCGCUCUCCGCAUCCAACGGCUGGCCGCCUAGCGUCGCUGGGAUUGUGCAGUCGUCGUUCCUCUGGGGCUAUCUCAUCACGCCCAUCAUCGGCGGGUCGCUCGCCGACCGAUACGGCGGCCACCCGGUGCUGGCAGCAGGGCUGGCGCUCUGGUCGCUGGCCACACUCCUGACGCCCACUGCUGCCGCCCAUUCCCUAUUUGCACUGGUGUCCGUGCGAGCCGUGAUGGGGCUGGGCGAGGGGGUCGCGCUCCCCUGCAUGAACCACAUGGUCUCACGCCACGUGCCAGACCACAGGAGAGCAUGGGCCACAGGGAUCUGUUUCGCUGGUUUCCACCUGGGCAGCAUGCUGGGGCUGCUCUCAGCGCCGUCGCUAAUGUCCCUGCCUGCCCUGGGGGUCACCGGGCCCUUCCUCAUCUUCGGCGCCUUGGGGCUGCUCUGGCUCGCGCUCUGGCUGCUGCUUGUGCCUGGAGGCUCGAGUGCGGCUCGUGCAUCUAGUGCUCCGAGUGACCGGCAGCCAGGUGGGGAGGGGCAGGGUGCGAAGGACAAGGCAUUAAAGCAGCAGGAAGUGAAGCAGCAUGGUGGUAUGACGCCAGCCAUGCGGACUGGGUCGCGUGUGACGGUGCGGCAGCUGCUAUCGCACCCGGCGUCGUGGGCCAUCAUCAUUGCCAACACCGUCAACAACUGGGGCUACUUCAUUCUCCUCUCUUGGAUGCCGCUCUACUUCAACCAGGUCCUACACACCGACAUCCGCCAGGCAGCUUGGUUCAGUGCAGGGCCGUGGGCCGUGAUGGCAGGGAUGGGACUGGGUGCAGCUGCGCUGGCGGACUGGAUGGAGGGGAAGAGAGGGAUGAGCCGCACUGCUGUGCGCAAAGUUAUGCAGGCCACCGGUUUCCUGGGCCCUGCCGCGUCUCUCCUCCUCCUCGCGCGCAUGCCCUCUGCGCCCCUCGCUGCGCUCUGCCUCACUGCAGCCCUUGGUCUCAGCGCCUUCAGCCAGGCUGGAUUCCUGCUGAACCACAAGGACAUAGCACCGCGCCACGUGGGUCUUUUGCACGGCCUUUCCAACACAGCGGGCACGCUGGCCGGCAUCGCCAGCACGGUGGCAACGGGCUUCAUGGUGGAGAGGCUGGGGUCCUUCCAUGCGGUGCUCGCCAUCACUGCCGCGCUCUAUGUGCUUGCCAGUGCCUACUGGCUCGUGUUUGCCACUGCUGAUGUGGUCUUCCCAUAAAACCCCGGCUCUGCGAACAUGUGAAUUGCCACCGCCACCGCCACGGCUUGCUCCUGAUCAAGCGGCUGUGGCUCUUUGGCUUCAUGGGGGAAAGGCUGGCCAGGGACCUCCUUUCUGCUGCGCUGUCCUCCUCGCCAUCACAGCCGCGCUCCAUGUGCUCACCAGUGCCUUCAGGCUCGCCGCUGCACAGGUGGUCUCCCACAAAGGCUUUUGGAGUGGAGGCCAGGGUGCUUCCGCGCUGGCAGAUGAGGGCUUUAUGAGGGUGAUUACAGCAUCUCUCUCCCGCGUCGCAUGGGUAGCAAGCAGUGUAUAACGAGCACAUUACACGGAUAAGGACAAUCAUGCGUAUUAAGUCCAGGGGGGCAUACGCUGAUAACGUAGAAACGAAUGAUUACAAGAGGUGGAAACCUAGAACAAAUACUAGUUGGUUGUACUCACUAGAAGCAUACCUCAGUCUAGCCUAUAACUUCU